UGCAUGACAGACUGAGAUCACCGAGUGGUUUCUACCGCAUCAGACCCAAAUUACACCAGGAGCCUUUUUGGUCUACUGUGAUAUGAAGGACGGAGGCGGUUGGACAGUGUUUCAGAAACGUCGGCAUGGAAAAGUCAACUUCUACAGAGACUGGGUGGACUAUAGAGACGGCUUUGGGGAAUUCAAACUGUGGAAUGAUGAGUUUUGGUUGGGGAAUGAGCACAUUUAUUCUCUGCUCUCAGAAGGUAAGAACCUGGUGAAGAUAGAUCUGAUGGACUGGGAUGGAAAGAGAAGCCACGCAUUUUAUGAGAACUUCAGAAUCACUGACGAGGCCGAUAAGUAUCGCCUCCAGUAUGGGCAGUACAGCGGACCGGCUGGAGAUGCACUGACAGGGGGUGGUGGUGGGGUUGUGGAGCAGUGGUCCUCCUGCCUCAGUGGAAUGCAGUUCAGCACCAAGGAUCAGGACAAUGACCGCUACCGUCAGGGAAGCUGUGCCCAAGAGAACAAGGGAGGUUGGUGGUUCAACAGAUGUCAUGCAGCCAACCUAAAUGGAAACUUCUACCGCAAGGGGAAGUACAAAGCUGAGUAUGACGACGGCGUGGUGUGGGGGACCUGGAAAGGCCUUUGGUAUUCACUCAGACACACCACCAUGAAGGUGCGACCUCUGGUUUUCUUGGACACCGUGGGCAGUGGAGGAGGGGAAAUUUGA